ACUCUCUCUCUAUCUUUCUUUAUCACUCGGCUCUGGUUCGCUGCAUAUGUAUAUGACCGUGGAGAGUGGAUAUCGUGCGACAAUACCUACUCUUAACGAUAUAAAUAUGAAUGAGAUGUGCAAUGAAAUCAUAAACUGGAUAGCCAAAAUGAAGACCACCAUCCUCUGGAUCGCUACGGUAGCUCUUGCUACCCCUUCGCUAUCUGCUGACUGGACAGAUCUGACGGUGAAGUGGAACAACACCGAUUCUCUACGCCUGGACAGCUGGUAUGGGAUACCAAUCACACAAUCGGCAGCGGAAAUCCAAAAUUGGGUCCAGCUACCAGAAGGUACUGUGUUUCAUGGGACGACCACAUACUGCAUGGAAGAUGACCAUCACUUCUGCACCCUCUUCGAUGGUUACGGUAACAUUGCUGGAUUUCAGUGGGCAUUAACAAAGGCCGAGGUCACGAGAGUGCAGGAAUGCUAUAACAUGUCAGCCAUCGUUACGUAUGAAGAGAAGACAUUGUUUGGAAAACCAUGUUGGACCGUCACCAUUUUAACGGUAUCGCCCGAUACUAUCGCAGCUGGUGGUCGUUCGGACGCAGCUAAUGUACUUGGUACUAAUGGAGUUUGGAUAGUAACCAGGAAUGGAUACGUGGUAGUUCCAAAAAAUAUUGAGGAUUUGGAUCCUGUUUGGAAGAAAGGAAUUUGUAUACCAGCAAUGGGUACCCACUACUACUACGGAAUGAGUCCAACAAUGGCGUGCGACAAUUAUCAGCCAGUAGUUUUGUUGUAUAACAAUGGUACACUUAGUGCCACUGUAUUUCAGACGUUUGGAGAGACGAUACCGAUAGAACGUCAGUGGUACGAGCACUUUUCGUUUACAGUUAUCAAGACCAUAAUCCCUAUCGCACCACAAUGUUUGGUCGACUUGGCUGAGAAAUACGGGGUGAUUUCAAUGCAUGUCUUCUUUGAAAAUCAACCGUGGAAUACUAAAUGCUGAAUCAACCAUGUGCAAUAUCAUCAGAGAAUAUUGUGCAAUGAAUACAAAAUAAUCUCUUGAUAGCAGUCGCAUAUUUUAACACCUAUUUCCUUCAUCCUGCAGAAAGAUAAGAAAUUCAUUACCUUUAUUUCUUAUUUUACCAUCUGAUGAGAAUUGUCGAAAUAAAUGUAAAUUUGCAUCACUCAA